AAAACACUUCAUGCACAGACGCUGAACUCGCCGAGUUUAUUUUUAAUAUCACUCAUUUAUCGCAUAUAUGCAUUAAUUUACACACGAGUUAUUAUAAACGAUUGUGGGUUGCGUUUGGAAUUUAACUUUCGUCUCUGUUUCAUUUUUACUCAUUUUUUUCGAGACAACACAAUCGAUAAGCGGUCAGUUUUAAUGUGUUAAUUUUUAAUGAGAGCCCCAAUAAUUAAAAUGCGUCGUCGAGGAUACAGCUGUUUUAUGUGUACAAUGUAAAAUACGUAAUUCGAAUAAAUUUUUGGCAAUUGGCAAUAAACAGGACCUUGACUUAAGAAAAUGUCGUAUCAAGAUGAUGAUGAAGGUGUUGGAUAUGAUGAACAUGUUGGAUCUUUUCCAAAGGAGUUUGGAUACGGUGGAUUUGAUGGUGAACAUGAUAUUACGAUACCAUCAACUGGAGAACAAAAACCUCGGAUCUUACUUAUGGGUUUAAGACGAUCUGGGAAAUCGUCUAUACAAAAAGUGGUCUUCCAUAAAAUGUCACCAAAUGAGACUUUGUUCCUCGAAAGUACAAAUAAAAUCGUCAAGGACGAUAUAAAUAAUUCUAGUUUUGUUCAGUUUCAAAUUUGGGAUUUUCCUGGUCAAAUUGAUUUUCUUGAUCCUAGUUUUGAUUCUGAUAUGAUUUUCGGUGGAUGUGGGGCUUUGGUUUUUGUAAUUGACGCUCAGGAUGAGUACAUAGAGGCUUUGCAAAAAUUAAAUUUAACAGUAACAAAAGCGUAUAAAGUAAAUCCAAACAUAAAAUUUGAAGUUUUUAUUCAUAAAGUGGAUGGAUUAGUGGAUGAUUGCAAAAUGGAAACUCAAAGAGAUAUACAUCAAAGAUCAAAUGAUGAUUUAAAUGAUGCAGGAUAUGACCAAAUCCAUCUUAGUUUUCAUCUUACCUCUAUUUAUGAUCAUUCUAUAUUUGAAGCUUUUUCUAAAGUUGUUCAGAAAUUAAUACCACAAUUACCGGCGUUGGAAAAUUUAUUAAAUAUAUUAAAUACAAAUUCAGCAAUAGAAAAAUCAUUUCUUUUCGAUGUAGUAUCUAAAAUUUAUAUAGCAACAGAUUCAACACCUGUAGAUAUGCAAAGUUACGAGUUAUGUUGUGAUAUGAUUGAUGUGGUAAUUGAUGUUUCUUGGAUCUAUGGAAUAAGAGAUGAUCAAGAGCCGGCAGCUUUUGAUGAACAAAGCUCUAGUCUGAUUAAACUGAAUAAUGGGACCGUUUUGUAUUUGAGAGAGGUUAAUAAAUUUUUGGCGUUGGUUUGUAUUUUAAGAGAUGAUAAUUUUGAUCAUAAAGGUACAAUUGAUUAUAAUUUCUUAUGUUUCCGUGGAGCAAUUCAAAAAGUCUUUGAUUUACGAAACAAAAUGCAAUCCUCAGCAAUGAACAAUUCAACUGGAAGUCCUCUAACUAAUGGAGAAACUAGCUUAAGUGAUAAUGCCUUAACUUUGCGAUAAUUUUAUUUAUAAGAAAAGAAAGUUUUUUUAUAUUUCUCUGUUAAUUAUUACUAAAAUAAGUAGUAACAAAAAAGUUGUGUCAUAACAACGGCUAACCUUCCUGAAAAUUAUAAAUUUUGUGUUUUAAGACAGCUUUUAAAGCCCCUAAGGUGAUCUAUAUUUUUAAUACUCCAUUAUUGUGUAAUAUAUAAUGUUUUGUUGUUUAUAAUUUAAAUAUUUACUCUUAACCUUCAAUGUAAAAUGAAAUUGAAACUGCAGAGAAAAAUACAAAUACAUUAGAUUCUUCAUUUAAU